AUGUCGGCACAACAAGACGAAGAUAAACAAUCUCGAAAAGCACCAAAUAAGAAUGCAGGUAGUCCUUUGACCACACACGUUCUGGAAACUUCUGCCGGGAUUCCCGCGAGACAGCUGCCAAUCAAAGUCUUUUAUGAAGUGGUACAAAAUGGCGCCAGUACAUGGAAACUUCUUGCUUCUAAGGAGUUGAGUGCUUUGAAAUAUUCUGAAGAAUUACARGAAAAUUCAACUCCAAAUUUCAUAGAUGUUAACAGAGUUAGUUUGGUGCAAGACAAGUAUCCAGCUCACCUGAUCAGAGAAUGGAUGAAAUGGGACAAAAAUAACCAAUCAGAAAAUGAUAAACCUGACCAGUUUUUCCUAGUGUUUGAAUUUGCUAAUGGAGGACAAGACUUGGAACACUUUGAGUUCAUUUCCUGUUCUGAAGCCAUCAGUGUGUUACAACAGAUAACCCUGUCCCUUGCCGUAGCUGAAAGCAGUCUUGAAUUUGAACAUCGAGACUUACACUGGGGAAAUGUCUUAAUCAUUCGCAAUGACGCACAAGAAGUAAACUAUUGUCUUAAUGGACAAGCAAUAAAAAUAAACAGUUAUGGGGUGCAUGUCAGCAUUAUUGAUUUCACACUCUCACGGUUAAGAAAAGAUGAUGUCACUGUAUUUUGUAAUCUUUCUGAAGACGAGUCACUCUUCACUGGUAAAGGAGAUUACCAGUUUGAAAUAUAUCGUCAAAUGCGUGAGAUAAAUGAAGAUGACUGGGAGAAAUUUACUCCAGUGACUAAUGUCCAAUGGCUGCACUACCUAACUGACAAGAUCAGAAACAAGAAAUAUCCAAGUGACAGGAAGAUGAAGGUCUGGUUACGCAGCUUCUUUAACCAGGUUAAGGACUGUCAGUCUGCACAAGAGGUUGUAUACAGUGACUUCUUUGAAGAAAUGUAAAAGUUUGUUGCACAUUUGUUGAUAUAAUAUUAUACUCCUAUUACAGUAGAGUUGACAAAUGUAAAUACUGUAAACAGCCAGUCAUCAGCCAAUGCUCAGCCAGAACUGGAACUUUCCUAGCAAAAUCUUUGCAUUGCUGGUCAUGACCAGUAAUAUUGAUCCAGAAACAAAUAAGGUACAAACUGAGCUGAAAACUAAUUUGGCCAGUAAUCAUGGCCAGCGAAUGACAAGACAUUUUUUUAGCCCUGGUGGGGCCUUCUAGGGUCACAGUGUACAUAUAGCACUAGUAUAACAUUGAAAUCUAACUAGCACAUAAUAAUACUAAGUCCAUGGGCAAGGCAAGUUAACUAUUACUCUACACUCAAGGGCAGAUCCCGGGGGUUCGAAUAGACAACUUGCACUAACAGGUCAUGUGACCCUACCUCAAUUAAAACCAGCAGCUGCAUGAAAACGAACAUUAGAAAUGAAAAGAGCUCAAUAUUAGUAAGAGGGUGAAGUUUCAGCUCAUAAUAUUGACUAUAGGAGAAAUGGCAUUUAACAUAAAAUCAGACAUUUUAUGAGGAUUUGUAUGGUAGAAGUGUUGGCUGGCAACUUCUUGCCAUGCAGCACAUCUCCUCAUACACAUCCUUACAAAACAUGGAAAUAUAAUUUUAAUGCCAUUUCUUCUAAUUUUCACUUGGUAUGAGCUAAAACUUGUCCACCCUACUUAGAACAUUGAGGUGCUCUUUCCAUUUUCGAUGUUUAUUUUGACACAGCUUUUUAUUUUAAGAGAGUUAGGGUCACAUGACGUGUAAGUGCAAGUCAUCUUUUGGGAGUUGAAAAAAUUAAUAAAAUAAGAAUAAGGAUUGUUAGUAAUAAGUUCAAAAUAGGGCGCUAUGUGAUGCCUCUUACAGUUACCCCCUUGAAAUUUUUCUUGAUCUCUGCCACUAAACAUCAUGCUUUCAAUUGCUAUAGUUCGUCUUGGUUAGUAGAUCUCAUUUCAAUAUUUGUUUUUACAGUCUGUGAUAAAUACCAGGCUAGAUAUUGAUAUAGGCCAAUAAGA